AUCGGAGCCAUGUUUGUUUACAAAUUAUAAAACUUCCGUAUAUCGAGAUAAAUAUGCUUUCACUGCUCUGAACAUGAUGGAAUAUGGAUAAAUUUGUGAUCAAAUCAAAGCGAAGUGCUAUCGAAUCUAAAGAAACACCAUCAACAAAAAAUAGAAAGACCGAUUGCGAAACUGAACAAAAUAAAAGAAUUAUUUGGAAAAAAAUUAAUGGAGAAAAUUUAUCUCUGGAACAUUGUCAACUGUUCAGCAACUCAGAGGCCAGUGAUUUACUUCUAAAAUGUGAGGAACAACUUGAGUAUAACACAGGUCAUCUUGCAAAAGUUCAAAUAUUUGGGAAGUGGAUUGACAUACCCAGAAAGCAGGUGGCACAUGGAGAUGAUGGGCUAUCCUACAAGUUUUCUGGCAACUGUAUCCCUGCAUUACCAUGGACACCUUUAUUGACAGAAAUCAGAGACAAGAUCACUGAGAUCACUGGACACAAGUUCAACUUUGUACUUAUAAACAGAUACAAAGAUGGUUGUGACCAUAUGGGAGAGCAUAGAGAUGAUGAGAAGGAGCUGAAAGAUGGCGCCCCAAUAGCAUCUUUAACCCUGGGACAACAAAGGGAUUUUAUCUUCAAGCAUGCAGACAGUAGAGGCAAAAAUGCCAAGCGUAAAAUCCCUCCAGUUGUGGUAGAACUAACCCAUGGCAUGUUACUCAUGAUGAAGUAUCCCACAAACAAAUACUGGUACCAUUCAUUGCCUGUUAGGAAGAAAGCCUUGGGACUCAGGAUAAACAUGACAUUUAGAACUAUGGUCACAAAGCAACCAGACAAAUAGAGCUAGGGUCACAAAGCAACCAAACAAAAAGGACUACACUAUGGUUACACAAUAACCAGACUUAUAGAGCUAUUGUCACAAAGCAAAUACACGAAGAGUACUAGGGCCACAAAGCAACCAGACUACUAGGAGACAAGUAGUAUUCUGGUCACAACGCAAACAGACAAAUAGAAGUGUUGUUGCAAGAAACUAGAUAAUAAGAACCAAUGGUCACAAAGCUGCAAACAAACAUGCAUGUGUUUUAAAAGAAAACAAAAACUGAUCACAAAGCAUCCUAAAAGAACAAGAACAGAUAAUUACAACCACAGUUACAAAAACAAAGGGUCAUCAUACAAAUUAACAAAACUGGCAUUGGCAUACAUACAUAUGUAUGCAGUAAGUGGAUGCAGCACCCACC